CGUCUCUAAACCCGGUGCCAACAAGUGCCAACAACAAACUGACACAUUCACCAUCUCAAAUGCAAAUACCUACUUAUUGUUAAACCUCAGAUUUACGCAGCUCACAGUUUUAUUAUACAACUGAUAAUUUUGGAAAUUUUUGUUUGUUUUUCGUACGAGAGAAUGUCUGACAAAUGGGAGACUGUGGGACCACUCAAGAAGCCAAAAAAGCCCAAGCCACCCACUCCGGUUGUAGGCCAGGAUCAAUAUCCCAUGACAAACGGGAGCAACAUUGUGGGCUUAACGACGACUACCAAGGGGGGUAAAGGUCCAAAACCCAAAAAACAUUCCGCUAAAACACCGGCAUCCUUCCCACUUACCAAUUAUGAUGAGGAGGAGACCAUCGUUCCAGACACCACAAGUAGUGACAAAAAGGGCUCUCAGCAGGCCGCUAAAAAGCCACCAGCAACUCAAAAAUCUAAAAAGUCAAGUACAGAUGGGAAACCCAAAGAGAAACGUAGAGAUUUGCAGGGCACCCUUGAUCACUUGCCAACAUCGGACUUACUUUCUUUCUAUCGGGAGCUGCAAAAUGCCGGAUCCGCGGCAGAUGUUUACCUCUCGUGGAUAAAAUACUCUGCCGAUGCCCUGAACACAAAACUGAAUCAGGCACUCCCUCCAGACGUGUCGCAGUGGCCUAACGAUCUCAAUUACCCACGACUUCCCGAGCCAUUGCGAGAAGUGAUAGGCACGAUUAUUUCAGAGACUGUUCAAAAGAGGGAGGAUGUUUUGGACAUUUCUUUCUCAUCCUUGUUGGCAAGCAUUCCUACCCUUGCACAACGAGGCGACGCUGGUUGGGGUUACUUACUGUUUCUCCGGGAAAUGUGCCGUGUUGACCCUUCUCUUCCUGUGCGUCGCGGAAAAAGUGUCGCCGAACUAAUGGAAAGUUAUGGGAAUCGAAAAGACAUAGGAUUAAGCAUUUUGUGGACUAUUGCUCAAGCAGGAGUGGAUUCCCCAUAUCUGCUAAAAAUAGUGUCCAACUAUCUCCUUCCGUACUAUGGGUUUAAGCAUUAUAAGCAGUUUGUCUUGGCGGCUCUGUCUACUCUCAGCUCUUGCUCCACCAUGGCUGUGGAGUACCUCAUCGAGGGGGAUGAAUUUGAAGAAUUUUUUGAGGCUGCCUUUGACCCCAAAAAGAAACGUGAUCUGGAAAAGAUAUAUCCACGUGUGAAGGAACUUGUUUUUAAGGGGUUGAAAGGGCAAGGAUGUUCAAUUUUCUUGAAAUUUCUUGAAAAAGCGAGCGACAAAGAUUUCAUGCCUCUAUCUGCUUAUGGUACUGAAGUUUUCAAAAUCCUACUUGGCUGCAUCGAGAAUGACCCGGCAUGUAUUGAUACCUGGCGUGAAAAUCUCGCAAAAUACCCUAAAGAAAGUGCUGCAUUUUUGUCGUAUUUAUCAAGGGUCCCAGAAACGAUGAAAUGUGGCAGUCGUUUGGAAACUAAACUAAUCCAGUCCGAUGAGUUUGCGGUUUCUGCAGUUAAGAAUCCUGAGCUCCUACGUUGUGCAAAGAAAGUACAAGCUGGCCUUGAGCGUGUGGCACUGUCCAAGAGAAAAUUAUUUUCCUGGAAAUUGGCAAUAUUUGUUAUUUUUAUCUUAAUUGGUGUUCUGUUCUGGCUGGACGUAACGGAAAAUGGGAAGGGUUCCUUUGAAAAAAGUAACACGGGAAAUUUUUUGGAUAAAUAUGGAGUACUACACGAAGCAGUGGUGGUGUGGAAUUCUGUUACUGGAAUGCUCAAAUACAUACAAGAAUAUAUGACAGUGCUUUUUCGAAGCAUCUACGAAGGAUUACAACCAAUGCUGCAAGGGUUAGCGGCGAAGAUACAAGAAUACAUUCCGCAGUUAAGUGAAUACAUUAAAAUUAUUGCAAACUUUGUGACGAGUGCGGCGACCAAAUUCGUCGAGUUCUUACAAACCAACGUUUUUGUUGGACCUCUCUCUCCAGAAAAUCUUCGUAAGUUGACCAAAGACGCACUGUCUUUCAUAUGGACUAACAUUGUUUAUGGAAUGGAAAAGUUGUACUCAAUUGUUGAGAAAUAUGUGUCCUAAACUUGCCUUAAACUUGUCUUAAACUUUUGUGAAGUAGAAAGAAUUAACCAACUAUCGAGUAUCAUUGUUGUUAGUUUUAGCCAAGUUAAGACUGCUCCCCUUUUUGCGUAGGGUUACAUAAUGUUUAUAGAUUUUCCAUAUCAGAUAUAAUAUAUCCCACAAAAAUGUCCACACUCUAAUAAUUUUAUGAAAAAAAGACAUUUUUGAAGAAAAAUAUAACCCACACGUGGACACUAAAAGUGAUGGUCAAUCAAUGAUCACAGGUAAAUAUACAACAUCAAGCUGUAGGAUUUCCCAACAUUAUUUAAAUUGCAACUAAUUAACCAAACGAAUAUGAUUAGAAUAGUGACAAUACAUUAAAUCAAGUAAUUAAAGUUUAAACUAUUUUCAUAGAGAACGAAAUUAUAUAGUGAUUUUAUUGUUAAAUUAAAUAUGAAGCGAUUUGCAGACAUAAAUUCUAUAUGGGCUUCUCUCGGAUUUCAACAAACCUUCAAAUGUAAUUUCAAAUAUAGCAAAAAGACCUGAUCAAAAUUGCCAAAAUUCUUGUUUAAUAAAAUAUGAAACACA